AUGGGAAUCUACUGGGCUUCGCUGCUGCAAAACCAAGCCCCGAAAGCUUUUCAGGAGCUGAUCAGCGAGGUUUCGGCUCUGUCGAGCCUUGGAAUAGCCAGCACGACAUUCCACGUAAAGAACACACCCCUCAAUGUGCCCCAGCACAUAAAAGACAUCAUCACAGUCGCCACUAGCUUGUAUAACGUCGAAUCGCCAUCCAAACCUGUCACUGGCCUGGCCCGGCCUGGCCUAGCCGUAAUCAACGUUGUACCGCCGCACACGGCCAGCUUAGCCCUCGCUCCCGGCUUCCACCAAUCGAAAAAAUACACACCGGAAAAGAGGGAGGAGUUACUUGGGGUCGGUUACGUCAGGCUCAAGCUGGCUGGGGCCACAAAGGAAGAAUGUGAUGCUGCUGCUGCUGCUGCUGCUGCUGGUGUUGGUGAUAUAAAUCUGCCAAGUUGAAUAGCACUAGACAAUAACAAUUCGCGAGAGACAACCCCGCCCCUCGCAAUGAAGCCAACUUCUUAAGACGCCGAACCAAAUGCUAUCCAUCCCCCACCCGAGGGGGACAAUGCGUGAAUGCUAUAAUAUGAUGCCGGUAUCAUCCAAGGUCUCCCCGACCCGCCCGAACGCCGAAUUCUGACAUCAAGUCGACGAAUAAGUAUUUUUCUCUUGUUUUCUCUUCCCUCUUCUCUUGUAACAUCCGUUCGGAAGAACCAAGAGGAUGUAGUGGUGAUACGUAUGUUUGUGUUUUGUCGUGUCCUUGUUGGUGGUACUCGUGGUGGUGGUGUAUCGGCAAACGGCGAGUGACGUGACCAACAUAAUAGUCCACCGCCCCCUUUCAUCCCUUUUCAUCAUGAAAUUACGUGUGGCUCAUCGUCUCCACCGGGUGGCUACCAUAAGCGACAGUAACACCGCAGAAGAACACAUGAGCAGCAAAAUCAUGGAAUCGAAAUCAUCAAACCGACCGCAGCCGAUUGUGCAAUAACCUGCAGCUCCACCUGGCCGCUAUGGGUAGGGAAAAAGCAGACGAAAGCAUAAGCAAUGGUG